AUGAGGUAUUCUCACCUCAUUUUCCUUUCCCUCCUGGUUUCUUCACUAGUGUUAGCAGGGCACGCUGAAGAUCAAACUCACGCAGAUGAGGAAGUAAUCACAGCCGAACAAGACAUUCCAGUGCAUAAGCCACGUGGAUACAAGCCGAGAAAGUUGGAAGAAGGAGAUGAGCUGUUGCUCUCACAAGUUGUCUGGCGUCACGGCGACCGCGCCCCAACUGGCACUUAUCCAACAGAUCAACAUAAGGAAGAGGCUUGGCCAAAUGGAUGGGGAGAGCUUACUCAGCUUGGAAUGCGCCAACAGUAUGCCUUGGGUCGUCUUCUAUACAAGAGAUAUGUCAACUCAACUGGACCAGCCGAGCCACUGUUGAGCUCUUCUUAUAACUCGAAAGAGGUCUACAUUCGCUCUACCGACGUCAACCGUACGCUUGUAUCAGCAUUAGCCAACUUGGCAGGAAUGUUCGAGAAUGGAAACCGCGGCGCAGACUACCCAGAUUCGAAGAGAUGGCCGAAUAACUGGACACCCAUUCCGAUUCACACUCUUGCCGAAAAAGAUGAUCCAGUUGGAAACGUGUUUGCACCGUGUCCACGUGCUGAGGAGCUUACUAAAAAUAUCUACUUGGGUUCUGGAUUCCAGAAAUUUGUAGCUGAGAAUCAGGAGUUUUUGGAUUUUGUGUCGGAGAAGACUGGGAAAAAAGUGAUCAUGCCCGAGAUUUACAUGAUCAAUGAUGCACAUUAUAUUGAGACACUCUACAACAUGUCUCAACCCGAUUGGAUAACUGAUGACGUGGGAAUGAAGCUCCGCAACCUGUCUCAAGUCUCCACACGAUUCUUAUUCGGAAUCGGUGACCCAUAUGUUCCUGAGCUGAUCCGUCUUAGAGGAGGACCACUUCUGGGUGCUAUGAUUGACAAAAUGAAUCACAAAAUAAGCUGUGCAAAGAAAAAUAAUGAAGGGGAGGAGUGUGCAUGGAUUGGAAGACUCAAAUAUCAUGCGUAUAGUGCGCACGACACCACUGUCUACGCCUUCUUGACUACUUUUGGAGAUGAGGAGAAAGUCAUCGAGGGAGGAAUGCCCCACUAUACAGCUUCGGUCGCCGUGGAGUUGUGGAAUUUGAAAAAUGGAGGACCAAGUGUUAGGGUGUUAUUCCACAGCGCGUUCCAUCACAACUACCAUGUCAUCACGCAUCUUGCCAAAGGAUGUCCGCAUAACUCUGAGUUUUGCCCAUUGAAAACCUUCGAACAACGCAGUCUGAAAUUUCUCCCAGUCAAUCUUGAGAAAGAGUGCUCCUCCAAGAAGUCGUCGGACAAAAAUCGUACUCUGUGGAAGAUUAGAGACAAUAAGCAUUAA